GCCUUGUCGGCUUGUGCCCUUUCGCAAUGCUGCCCUUGUCCGCGUCCUGCCGCGGACAAGCCCGCCUCGUCAUUCUUCUCGUGUCGCCAGCGGCAGCAUGGUUUCCUGAUUCUGACUGGCAUAAUCCGCCGCAGUCUCCGCCGCCGCCGCCGCCGCCGCCGCCUCCGCCGCCUCCUCCUCCGCCGCCGUUGCCGCCACCGCCGUCGCCGUCGCCGCCGCUCGACUGCUGGAGCUCGUGCGGUGGCGAGGGCUUCUGCCCUGGCUUUUGCGGCGAGGGAGGGCUGUGCUGCUCUUCGACGCUGCGCGUGUCGGACGAGUGCCCCGAGGCCGCGGGCUGCGAGGGCUAUCACUGCUGCGUGGCCAAGCAGCUGAGCUUCGCGGAGGAGGUGGGCGGCGCGUUUGCCGACGGUGAGGCGGACGCGUCCAAGUUUCUGGUGACUGAGGCGGGCGACUGGCACACGGGGAAGUACGCGAGCCUCGCCGGGUCAAAGGCAGCAACCACUGUCUCGGCUGCAGGGAAGGAGGCGAGCGAGUGGCACGCGGGCAAGUACGCGACGAUGGCGGGCUCGGCGGCGUCGCUGGCGGGCUCAACGGCGUGGGGCCAAAUCGGCUUGGGAUCGGAGGCGGUGGGGUCGGAGACGGCAGCGAUGUCCACUUCGGUGGAGGAUAAGACGGCGUCCGCCACCAGCUCGGUCGCCGAUAAGACGGCGUCCGCGACGAGCUCGGUCGCCGACAAGACCGCCUCGGUGACCAGCUCGCUGGGCAGCUCGGUCGCCGAGCAGCUGAGGAAGGAGGCUUCCGCAGAGUACCACGUGCAGCAGACCAAGCUGGUGCACGACAAGCUGGCCGACCAGAUGAGCAAGGAGGCGUCGGCAGAGUACCACGUGCAGCAGACCAAGCUGGUGCACGACAAGCUGGCCGACCAGAUGAGGAAGGAGGCGUCCGCCGAGUAUCACAUCCACGAGGCGCAGCGGGUGCAGGCGGCGCUCAGCGACGUGAGGAAUGCGAGCCUGCUCCGGCUGGAGUCCAUCACCGACAUGCAAGAGGAGGUGGCCGAGGACGUGCCGAUCUGCACCCUGUACGACAUGGCCGGAAAGUGCUGGCACGGGAACGCGCUCGCGACGGGCAGGGUGCCUUGGGAGGAGGCGACGCCGCACACGUCGAUGCUCCAGCUGGCGCCGACUUGCCAGUCGGACUGGUUCUCGCAGUGGGUGGCGCUGCAGGUGUCGACCCUCGCCACCGAGGAGAUCCAAAAGAUGAAGGGCAAGUCGACCAAGGAGAUCACCGAGGAGCCGCUGCUGAGCGGCGCCGGGCUCGUCGGGACCGAGGUCGUCGUCAACGCGAUGGGCGGGCUGCAACUGACGGCGCGGAACGUGACGCUGCUCGACAUCCAGACGGUCGCCGUGCAGUACGGCGUCUGCUGGGACUACUACGAGUGGUGGCUCAAGCAGAACUUCUUCGAGCAGCUCUGGAGCUCGCGCAACCCCGACACGCUGCAGGUCAGUGUCUCCAACAUCGCGGUGCGGCUGAGGACCAACUGGACGCUCUCCCAGUCGACGCUCGGCCUGGUCAGUGUUCCAGUCGACCACGGUUCGGCGGAGCUGACCGUGCGCGGCAUCCUGAUGCUCGACGUCGACUUGCACUCGCUCACGUCGGAGCCCAUCUCGGGCUGCAAGGCCAAGUUCGAGCUCACGGACCUCGACCUGACGCCAUCGAUGAUGCCAAAGGCGGCCAUCAUGGCCACUCUGCAGCCCUUCCUGCCCGUCAUCGCCGCGGCACUGCCGGGGAUCGUCUGCUACGGCGGCGCCGACCCCAAGGGAGGCUUGUCGGUGGUGGGCGGUCUCACGCCGUCCCUCUCCUUCUCGGACGGGGGCUCCGCCUCGAUCGAGUUCAAGGGGCUGCAGGGCACCGGAAACGAGGUGCUUGCGCAGUAUGCGGACGUCCUAUGGUUCUUCGAGAACGAUGCCGAGCGCUACUUGCCCUCGCCUCCGCCUCCAGCGCCGUCACCGCCGCCACCGCCGUCGCCGUCGCCGCCGCUUGACUGCUGGAGCUCAUGCGACGGCGCGGGACCCUGCCCUGGCUUUUGCGGCGAGGGAGGGCUGUGCUGCUCUUCGACGCUGCGCGUGUCGGACGAGUGCCCCGAGGCCGCGGGCUGCGAGGGCUAUCACUGCUGCGUGGCCAAGCAGCUGAGCUUCGCGGAGGAGGUGGGCGGCGCGGCUGCGAAUACGGUCUCGGCGGCAGGGAAGGAGGCGAGCGAGUGGCACGCAGGCAAGUACGCGACGAUGGCCGGGACGGCGGCCAAGUCCGAGGCCAAGGCGACUGCCGUAGCCGCAGAGGCGGAGGCACAGACCUGGUAUCCGGGCAAGUACGUCUCGAUGGCGGGAUCGGCCGCCGAAUCGGAGGUGCUGGCCACCGCCGCGGUCGCAGACAAGGAGGCCAAGAGCUGGCACCCCGGCAAGUACGCGUCGAUGGCGGGAUCGGCGAUCAAGGCCUCUGUCGAAGGCCUAGGCGUGGGGUCGGCAGAGGAUGACGGCGCGGAGCUGACGGCCGACUCGCUCGCCGCGGAGUCCGCGGCCCGCAGCAGCACGCCGGCGCUGUCUCUUGGCGCCGCCCUUGGGGCUGCCGGGCUCCUCCUUGCCGCCGUUGCGGCUUUGCGUCGCUCGCGGGUGCAGUCGGCCGCCGCGCCAGGGCGCACCGAAGAUAUCGCCGCAUCCAUGCUCUGAGCUGCAUGAAUGAACGAGGGUGCGGUCACUGGGAGCAUGUACACAUGCUCGGCGGCCGCCGAGAAAUGGAUGCCGGUGGAAUAGAGAGAACCCGUGUCCUUUGCGUAUGUGAGAAGAGCGAGCCCGUGUGUGCCACCUGCCUGGCCACCUGGGCGUCCUGGUUGCAUGACGAUGAGAUCACAUUAUGUUCAUGUUCAAGCUUCAGGCGCAUGCAUGUUGUGGGUCGUGUCCCCUCGCCUCUCUUUUUCAUUUACUAUUUUAAUCCGUUUGC